AUGCAUGCGAUCCACGAGGCCAUUGUUCCUCAGGCAACGGCUGGCCACCGACGUUCCCGGAACGCAUAUAAGGGCGCACCACAGGCAGAGGCCAUCCACUCACCCCCUCUGAAGCACUUUCUCACCCACUACGAACAUGCACACCCGUCUCCAAGUCCACCUCCGCACUCGACCCAGACGCAUACUCCCCGCGCUUCUGAUCCAAUCGUCAAGAAUGCGCACCGCGCAUCUGGCCACCUAACAGUCGAGCUGCCUAUAUCGGAACGCGCCAGACCCGAGUGCGCCCCGCCCGGCUCUAAUACGGCCUCCAAGUCGUCCGACAGCCAUGGGGGCCGUACGAGCGAGCCACACUGUAUCUCGCCACCGCCAAAACGACCUCAUCAGGAGCGGACGCGGCGGGGCGGUUGGCGGGUUGUGUUCCGCCAGUACGAGGAUGCAACCGAUCGUGCCCCUCUGGUAGACGUGGAUUGCGCGGCACUAGUCAGUCACCGGCAGGCCAGGUGUUUCGCGGGCAACCUGGAACGCCCAGUCCCUCGCGGACUGUUUCCUUACAACCUUGACCGUGGCGCAAAAGGCCCCGUGGACGAAAACUGGAACAACGCGACGAUGGCGAGCACCGCCGACGAGGAAUACACAGCGCGGAGGAUCACCGAGAUCGAGCGGGCUUCGUCGACACGCGCCGACGGAAGACCUGCGAACAGACAGCGGACGGAGGCGAGUCCAGCCUGCACCUCCUCAUCGACGGGUUUGGAGGGCGGGUGA